GUAUCGAAGCUAAAUAAUGGAUGUCCAAUGAAGUUACGUCCAUGAAAGCGCCGCUUUCAUAUCAACCAAUCAGAAACGAAGAAAAAGUACAUCCUAUAGAAUACCAAGCAUCUGUAAACCAAUCAUAAUACUUCAAUCGGACUACCGCUGUCUAUGCAGCCAAUCGGAGUUCGAGAAACACAGCCUGGGCUCAACAGCUUGUUAUUCGUGUAUUGCAUUGCAUCCCUAGCAAGUGGUGAGCAGUUGCGUCGUACGUAGCAUCAAUCAAAAUCUACCGAGCUGGACUCCCUCAAAUAGCCUCAAAGAUGAAGGCAGCGGAUGAGCCUGCCUACCUGACCGUCGGGACGGACGUGAGUGCUAAGUACAGAGGAGCCUUCUGCGAGGCCAAGAUAAAGACUGUUAAACGUAUGGUGAAGGUGAAGGUGACAUUGAAAGGAGAGUCCACCUCGCAGGUUGUCCAGGAUGACCAGGUUAAAGGGCCGUUGAGGGUGGGCUCCACAGUGGAGGUGAAGACCACAGAGGGCGUCUCCAGCGAGGCAGUUAUCGGUAAACUCACAGAUGCCAGCUGGUACACCGUGGUGUUUGACGACGGGGAUGAGAAGACCCUGCGCAGGACCUCCCUGUGCCUGAAGGGGGAGAGACAUUUUGCAGAGAGCGAGACGUUGGACCAACUGCCGCUAACCAACCCUGAACAUUUUGGAACGCCCGUCAUCGGGAAGAAGUCGAAUCGCGGAGGCAGACGGUUGUCGCAGGCUGUAGCGGAUGAUGAGAAAGAGUCUUCCUCCAGUGAGGAGGAGGAAGACGACAAGAGGAGGCUCAAUGACAGUCUGCUAGGAAAAGUGACCAGCGUCCAGAUUGGCUCUGACAGGACUUCCUGGUACCUAGCCCUGGUUGUGUCUCCCAGCUGCAAUGAUGACCUCGCUGUCAAAAAGGACCAAUGUUUAGUGAGAUCCUUCGCAGACUCCAAAUUUGUUACUGUUGCAAGAAAAGACAUCCAUGAAGUAAACCUGGACAGCAUCAGCAAGCAAGAGUUUUCCACCAGGAAAGGGUUGGAAGGGGCUCUGAGUUUCCUGCAGACCAGGCUGGUGCCAGAGAGCUGGAAGAUGGACAUGAGUGAGAUCCUGGAUUCCUCCAGCAGCGAUGAGGAGGAUGCGGAGGGCAAGGAGAGUGAGGAGGAGGAGGAGGAGGAAGAGGAGGAGCAGCAUCAAGAGGAGGAGGAGAAAAAGAAGAAGAAAGCAGUGAAAGAGGAGCCUCCAGAGGACGAGCCUGACCCAGAAGAGAGGGACCACUUCCUGCAGCAGCUCUACAAGUUCAUGGAGGAUAGAGGGACACCAAUUAACAAGCCUCCUGUGCUCGGCUACAAGGACCUGAACCUGUUCAAGCUCUUCAGGCUGGUCUACCACCAGGGAGGCUGCCACAGCAUUGAGAGUGGCUCAGUGUGGAAGCAGAUCUACAUAGACCUGGGCAUCCCCGUCCUCAACUCUGCAGCCUCGUACAACGUCAAGACUGCAUACAGGAAAUACCUGUACGGGUUUGAGGAGUACUGCAGAUCGGCCAACAUCCAGUUCAGAACCAUUCACCACAACAACCCACGCCCCCUCGCCCCGCCCAAUCAGAAAGCGCCCGUGGUCGAGCCGAAGGAAGGCCCGCCCCCGCUCGUGAAGAUGGAGUCGGCGGAGGAGAAGCCCGCAGCAGAGGAGGAAGCGGAGUCUGAGAGCGACAGCGACAAAGAGGAGCACAAGGACACGCUCUCCUCCCCCAGGGUAAGAGGACGGGCGGCCCCUGCUGUCGUCUCCGGGCAGCGUCCGGGACACGGGAGGAGGAGGUGCACUCCCAUCAAGGCUGAGGCCAAGGAGCCCUCCAAGCUGGACAAGAUCAGGGAGGAGCGGCAGAGAGAGGAGAGCCGGGCAGGAGAGACCAGCGGGGAGGAGCAGAGAGAGAGGCCCGACCUGGGAGAGCCCCCGGGGAAGAGACGCAGCCACCGCCAUCUGGACGAGUCUGACAAGGAGUCGGAGGAUGAGGAGCAGGAGGAAGAGGAGGACGAGGAGGAGGAGGAUGAAGACGGGGAGAGGAGUCGACACAGAGAAAGGGGCGAGGAGGAGGAGGAGGGGGACUCUGUGACGGGGACGAAGGUCCGGGUGAAGUACGGCCGAGGGAAGACCCAGAAGAUCUACGAGGCCAACAUCAAGAAGACUGAGACGGAUGAGGGCGAGGCGCUCUACCUGGUGCACUACUACGGCUGGAACGUCAGGUAUGAUGAGUGGGUGAAAGCAGACCGGAUCAUCUGGCCCGUGGACAAAGGUGGAACAAAGAAGAAACAAAGAAAGAAAGUGAAGAACAAAGAGAAAGAAGAGGGGGAGAAGGAGGACGACAAGCAGGGGAAGACGGGAGUGAAAAGGGGCCGACCUCCCAUGAGGACCACGCCCCCCAGCGCGGGCCGCAGCGUGUCCAAGACGCCCAGCAACGAGGGACGCUCAAACAGCAAGAGCAGCCGGCUGUCAGACACCUCGUCGCUCCCCAACGGAGAGGGAACCCCCCGCAGACGGACAAGGAGGACGUCUGGGAUGUACGACUCUGACAAAGAGUCUAACGAAGAAUCCGUAAACUCGUCAGACGACAGCGAAUCGGAGGACUCCCCUGAAAAGAAGCCGGCGUGGGCGGAGCGUACCGACCCUGCCACGGCCAGGAAGCAGGAAGAGGAGGAGGACCGGAGGGUGGAGAGAGGCAGAGCCGAGGCUGCUGCUGCUGCUGCCGCCGCCGCUGCUGCGGCCGCUGUUGCUGCGGCAACCGCUGCUCAGCCCCUGCCGUGUCCCAGCAUGCCUCAGGAGCAGACGGAUGUCGACAAACUUCAGUCAUCGGAGAGGCGGGAGGCAGAGAGGACAGAGGAGCCGGCUGCUGUGUCUCCUGUGACAGAGAAACAAAACAAAAUGUCUCCCGUUUCCGACAAGCAGCUUAUCAAAAUGUCGCCCGUACCAGACAAAAACAAAAUGUCUCCCGUCUCGGAGAAACUAAACAAAACGUUGCCCGUCUCGGAGAAGCCACUCAACAAAAUGUCACCCGUUUCCGAGAAAAACAAGAUGUGUCCUCUUCCAGAGAAGCAAAACAAGAUGUCCCCUCUCCAAGACAAGACCAAAGAGGAGGAUGGCAAGACGCCUCCGCCUCCGACGCCUCUCUCUCCCAGGACGAAGGGUCGGAGGAGCCUCUCCAGAGAGGCUGGCUGUGACACCCCCACCAAGAUCCCCAGCAGCAACCCCCCCACUCCCAACCACACCGAGGCCUCGGACGCCCUGUCGCCCGUCCCCCGCAGCCUGCUCAAGAGGCAGGACGAGCCCAUGGUGGUGCUGCACUGCCUCCCCGCCCAGCAGCUCCCGGAGCCCCACGCCGACUCGGACACCGACUCGGCCCCCGAGGAGGAGGACGAGGAGCUGGCCUGCAGGGAGGAGCGCAUGAUAGGCGUGGCCAAACGCAAAGCCACCGAGCAGAGGACGCCGGACAAGAAGGUUCGACUGGAACGGAGGGACGAGGUCAAGAUGGCCGCCUCUCCCAAGACCCUCUCCAGCUCUCCGCUGAAGAGGCUGGAGGCCGAGAGGAGGAUGGAGACGGGAGCGAAGGGAGAGGAGCGCCCCAGGAGGCCGGAGGGCCACAAGGAGCGGGCGGAGGACUGCCUCUCUGCCGCCAAAGAGCCGGACAGCAGAGGGGAGAUGCCCUCCCUCACUCUGGAGGUGCAGCGUUGCCACAACGACGCGUCGUCAGGAGGAACGGGCCCGACGGCGCAGCGGCAGGGCCCCACGGUGGAGGAGCUCAUGCCCCAGAUAGGCCCCGAGGCGCUGGUGUGUCACGAGGUCGACCUGGACGACCUGGACGAGAAGGAGAAGCCCGCCACUGGCGAGGAGCUGCUCAUGAUGAUGAGCGAGCAGAAACCUCUCCCCAUCCUGCACCACCAUCAGCACCACCACCACCACCACCACACUGCCCCAGCCUCGGGCCCCUCGGCCCCCCCAGCCCCGGCCAGAGUCUGCCCCCCCACCGUGGCCUCCAGCCCGGACGAGUCCCACAGCACGCGCAGCGAGAGCGACGUGACCAUCGAGGUGGACAGCGUCGCCGGGGAGAACCAGGAGGGGCUGGGCGAGAACGAGUCCACGCAGGGCUUCGACGCCAGCGCCAGCUCCUCCAACUCCAGCCUCUCUCUGGAGGGCAAGGACCGAGGCCAGAAGAGGCUGAUGGACUGCAACAGCAGCUCCUUCGCCAAGAAGCAGAAACGCAACCAGAAGCGACCAAGCACAACCUCCAAGAUGGAGAAAAACGGAGCAGGUCACAGCAGUGAUAGUGAGGACUUGACGUUACUGGACUCCAGUAAGCUGACUCCAGUCAAGCAUUCGUCAUCCCUGUCCAAGGCCCAGAAGCUGUCCCGCUCCCCGGGCCUGUCCUCGCCCCACAGCAAGGACAUGGACAAGCACAAGGACAAGCAGGGCUUCCCCUCACCGCGCACCUACAAGUGGACCUUCCAGCUAGCGGAGCUGGACAGUAUGAACAGCACUGAGAGGAUCUCCUUCCUCCAGGACAAGCUGCAGGAGAUCAGGAAGUACUACAUGACCCUCAAGUCCGAGGUGGCCUCCAUCGACCGACGCAGGAAGAGACUGAAGAAGAAGGAGAGAGAAGUGUCUCACACCACGGCAUCCACCUCCUCUGGCUCCUCAGAUACAGGCAUGAGCCCUUCGUCUGCCUCGCCUACCCAGAACACCGUGGCGGUCGAGUGCAGGUGAUGGCACGCCUCCUCUGCUCCGGGCCACGCCCUCCUCCCCCCCCCCCCCUCUGCCUUCCCAGCAUCCCGCUGCCUCAGAUGGACAUGCAAGAGAAAGCAGCCUAAAGCACUCAACUGCCCCUCCUGGCCCUGCCUCACCUUCUCCCAGUCCCAGCUGCCAAGCGGUGAUCCCUAGUUCCUGCCCUCUUCCUGUCUCCAGUCACCUGUCUCCGUGGCGGAAAAUGGACUCUCCCAUGUGAGUUGAAUGUAUGAUGGAAUGAAACUCCCUCCAUGAUCCCUGGAUUCUUCCCUGAAGCCCUCUCUCUCCUGCUCUCUCACUCUGACUCCAUCCUCAAACUGUCCAAGGCACUUUCCCCUCUCCCUCAUUGUUGUCAACCACAAAAGUAACAACCACAAAAGUAACAACCUUGAGGUCCUGAACACAUGGACCCGAACGAGGAUGCAGUAAUAACCAGUAUGUUCCGGUCAGCAGAACUCGAGACAAAAUACAACGUUCAAGUAGAGUCCCGAUGUGUUGAUAAUGGUCACUUAACCAGCUGGACAUGGUUUUGUAUAAAGGUCAAUUCUGUUCACUUUGCUCCAUCAGAACUGCCAAAGUACACAUGUUACAGCAGUGUCCUAUUUUGGAGAAGUGGGAUAAGUUCAGUCGUGGAAGGGUCAUGUAGUUCACUGAAAACAGCUAUUGUUGUCUUCCACUUAAGCAGUGUAUCAGCACAGAUAAUUAUGCAAACUAUUUUUCUGUUCUCUUUUUAAGAAAAUUAAAAUGAAAAGUAAAAAAAAAAAAAAAACAUUGCCAGUGGAACACAGGAAGAAACCUUUUCAGUGGACUAGACUCCCUUCGCGAGUGUAUUUUGUCUUUUUGUAUGUAAUCGCAGAGUUUUUAUUUUAGUAUGGAAAAUUUCACAAAGUAUAUAUCACAGUCGUGAAGUUUAUUUAAUGAAAGAUUUCUAGACCUGAAUUUUUUGUGUAAAAUAAAGGUAUCUUGCAACUUGUUAAAUAUAUUUAUUCUGUCCGUGGACAUCUUUUUGUAUGUUUUACAAUAGAGAAUCCUUCCACAGUUGGGACGGUGGGGAUAGUAUGACGUUGAAUGAAUGUCGUGUGCUCAUCCUAAAUCUCAGCAAGACUAUGUUGUUUCAAUUGGGUAGCUACUGUGCAGUACGUAUGCCCCCCCCCCUCCCCCCCUUCAUUUCAAUAGGGCCCAAGUCUGUCCCCUUUAUAAUUUGAUCAUACUAUUUUGGGGUGACACCAUAAUGUGGUGGCCUUCUUUCUCACCAUGUAUUUUGCUUGUAUUCAUAUUCCUUGGUACUCUGUUAUAAAUUAAACAUCUAUUCUUAUUUUCAACAUUGAGUUCUGACCAAUCAAAUAAAACCUUUGCUAAAGGAACAUGUAUUUCAAACCCAGGGGUUUCAUAUGAUUGUUUCUUUUGUACAUAAAUCUUCCAAAACCAUGUAUUUGAAAAAUACAUUUUACACAAACUGUAAAGAAUGAUUUAUAUUAUUUUUUAAAACCAUCUUUGUACCGGUAUAUUAAGAACAUUUUCUUUUUCUAUGUCACGUUGGUAGAAGCAUUAGUAUGCAUCUGUACUGUAAAUACUGUAUACUGAACCUGUGAGUUUCAGCCUGAUGUGGUGCAGAGAGAAAUGAAACAUUGAACAUUUCUAUGUUUUAUAGACUUGGUUCCUUGGUGAAAACACUUCCUAAAGUGCUCAGUAUAUCCAGGGGGUCUGGAUGAAGGACAGGAUGACAAAUCUGAGUUAAAGCCAUUGUAUCUUUAUGUAAAAUAAACAGAGCUCUCUUCGUUUCUAAUAAAGUUUUUAAAUAUUGA